UUCACAUGUUUUAUUACAAAAAAUAAAUAACAGCGUUCAAUAAAUACUGUAGUUAAGCGUUGGCAAUGAACAGCAACACAAUAAAUAAUGAAUAAAUAAAUGUGAUGAAACACAAUGAAAUAAUGUGAACAUUUCGUGGAGCUCGGCGGCGUGUGGGUGUGUGGCCACGGCAGGGGCGGCGGCGUGAGGAGCUGAUGAUGACGAUGAUGGUGUCAACGCCGUGCCCAGGGCGCCGCGUCGUCCAGGCUGACAGCCACGCUGACGCCGUGGUGAGGUCAGCGCCGUGCCCAGGGCGCCGCGUCGUCCAGGCUGACAGCCACGCUGACGCGGUGGUGAGGUCAGCGCCGUGCCCAGGGCGCCGCGUCGUCCAGGCUGACGGUCACGCUGACGCGGUGCUGAGGUCAGCGCCGUGCCCAGGGAGCCGCGUCGUCCAGGCUGACGGCCACGCUGACGCGGUGCUGAGGUCAGCGCCGUGCCCAGGGCGCCGCGUCGUCCAGGCUGACGGCCACGCUGACGCGGUGCUGAGGUCAGCGCCGUGCCCAGGGCGCCGCGUCGUCCAGGCUGACGGCCACGCUGGCGCGGUGCUGAGGUCAGCGCCGUGCCCAGGGCGCCGCGUCGUCCAGGCUGACGGCCACGCUGACGCGGUGCUGAGGUCAGCGCCGUGCCCAGGGCGCCGCGUCGUCCAGGCUGACGGCCACGCUGGCGCGGUGCUGAGGUCAGCGCCGUGCCCAGGGCGCCGCGUCGUCCAGGCUGACGGCCACGCUGACGCGGUGCUGAGGUUAGCGCCGUGCCCAGGGCGCCGCGUCGUCCAGGCUGACGGCCACGCUGACGCGGUGCUGAGGUCAGCGCCGUGCCCAGGGCGCCGCGUCGUCCAGGCUGACGGCCACGCUGACGCGGUGCUGAGGUCAGCGCCGUGCCCAGGGCGCCGCGUCGUCCAGGCUGACAUCCACGCUGACGCGGUGCUGAGGUCAGCGCCGUGCCCAGGGCACCGCGUCGUCCAGGCUGACGGCCACGCUGACGCGGUGCUGAGGUCAGCGCCGUGCCCAGGGCGCCGCGUCGUCCAGGCUGACGGCCACGCUGACGCGGUGCUGAGGUCAGCGCCGUGCCCAGGGCGCCGCGUCGUCCAGGCUGACGGCCACGCUGACGCGGUGCUGAGGUCAGCGCCGUGCCCAGGGCGCCGCGUCGUCCAGGCUGACGGCCACGCUGACGCGGUGCUGAGGUCAGCGCCGUGCCCAGGGCACCGCGUCGUCCAGGCUGACGGCCACGCUGACGCGGUGCUGAGGUCAGCGCCGUGCCCAGGGCGCCGCGUCGUCCAGGCUGACGGCCACGCUGACGCGGUGCUGAGGUCAGCGCCGUGCCCAGGGCGCCGCGUCGUCCAGGCUGACGGCCACGCUGACGCGGUGCUGAGGUCAGCGCCGUGCCCAGGGCGCCGCGUCGUCCAGGCUGACGGCCACGCUGACGCGGUGCAGAGGUCAGCGCCGUGCCCAGGGCGCCGCGUCGUCCAGGCUGACGGCCACGCUGGCGCGCCCCUCCACCCCCGCCUCGCCGCGCGCCACACAGGUGUACACGCCCGCCAGGUCCUGCCAGAAGUCGGCCAGCACCAGGUAGGCGUGAGGCAGGUGUCGGUCGCGGCCCAGCUGGAAGGCGUCGGCGCCGGGCGUCCACGACGGCAGCGGCUUGUCGGCGGCGUCCCGCCACUCCACCUCCUGCACGGCGGCGGCGGCGUCCACCCAGCAGAAGAGGAACGCCUCGGCCAGGGGGGCCACGGCCACGCUGCUGCCGUUGGCGAUGACGGGCUGGGGGGCGGCGGCGGCGGUGGGGGCGGCGGUGGCCAGGAGGGGCAUGGAAAGGGCCACGGCCACGACGGUGGCCAGGGCCAGGGCCACGGGACUUGUCUGUCGGGGCAUCGUGGACUUGCUGACUGUUUCGGUGUCGGCUCUGGUGGGGCCGCCGGAGACUCCUGCUGUGUCGGCGGCUGUGUCGGCGGCUGUGGCUCCGCGGCUGCGGCUGUGGACGGUCUCCUUGCUGUGCGUGUCUUCCUGAGUGUGUCUUCUUCCCUUGCCGCUGACGGGGACGCCGCUGCUGCCGUGUGUGGUCUCGUCAGUGUUCUGCUGCUGCUGGCACCGCCGGCGGCGACUCCCUUGCGCUGUGUCUGGCUUGUGUUGGUGCUGCUGGAGGCGGUGUGCUGCGUCUUCUUCAGUCCUUCGGCAGGGCGUGCUGGAGGUGCUUGUGCUGUCAAAG